UACAGUGUGGAUUGUGGACCUACAGAGAAAAAGUUUGCACGGGAUAUUCUAGCGCACAGGAGGAAAAGUUGUUGGGAAGAUGGCAAACAAACUACAGCAGCCUCCACACCUUCAUCUGGCGGAAUUGAGCGCCACCCAGUUCAUCGACAUCUGGAACCAUUUCGAUACCGACGGCAAUGGCUAUAUCGAGGGCAAGGAACUGGAGAACUUCUUCAGGGAGUUGGAGAUUUCACGGAAAGGGGCCGGAGUGGACCCAUCAAACUCCAAUUUCAAAGAGAAGAUGAAGGAGUUCAUGCAAAAGUUUGACAAGAAUGCAGAUGGGAGAAUUGAGAUGUCUGAGCUAGCUCAGAUUUUGCCCACAGAGGAAAACUUCCUGCUUUGCUUCAGAGAGUUUGUGGGAUCCAGUUCUGAAUUCAUGGCAGCAUGGCGACGAUACGAUACAGAUCGCAGUGGGUACAUUGAAGCUAAUGAACUGAAGGGAUUCCUCUCAGACCUGCUGAAGAAAGCCAACAGACACUAUGAUGACCAGAAGCUUCACGAGUACACACAGACAAUACUCAAGAUGUUUGAUCUAAACGGAGAUGGGAAGCUGGGCCUGUCUGAAAUGGCGAGGCUUCUCCCAGUUCAGGAAAAUUUCUUACUGAAAUUCCAGGAUAUCAAGCUGACCUCUGAGCAGUUCAGUGCUAUCUUCACAUUCUACGACAAGGAUGGAAACGGCUACAUUGAUGAGCAGGAGCUCGAUGCUCUGUUGCGUGACCUCUAUGAAAAAAACAAAAAGGAGGUGGACACCAAAAACCUGACUGGCUACAAGAAGAGCAUCAUGGCCCUGUCGGACGGGGGCAAGCUGUACCGCUCCGAGCUGGAGAUUGUGCUCUGCAGGGAGCCCAUGCUGUGAACCCUGACAACCAUUGCUGUCUGUUUUUUGACCUUCAUGACCCUAUCUGCCCAUCCCCAGAUCACACCCACCUCCAGCUGCCUGACGACUGUAACCAGGUGCAUGUGCCGGGCAUUACCUUUAUGAGUUUUGAAUGAAUGUGCACUGAGAAGCACAAACCAGCUCUCCCUCAUGACCCCUGUUGACACUCUUCCCUACAGACUGACGUUGCCUUCGGCUCAAUCCCUAAACUCUACAUUUAACAAAAUGAAUAAAGAUAAUAAAAGGUACUUCUGCUAAUUAUGAUUGCAAUGUGAACAGGAGCGGAAUGAAAAUGAAUAUAAGAUGAUUUAUUCUCAAUGCUUGGUUUGACUUUCCUCUUCUCUUUUUCUCCCAAAUCAACCUUUUUUAAUGGGGCUUGCGACAGCAAACGUCCCACUCUAAAUCUUUGUCAUACUUCUGACUUUUUAUUAAUGGGACUUGCAUAAUGGGACUUGCGACAGCAAUAAUUAUUUCUAACUUCUAGUUAUUUUUAGAACGCUACACCUCUUACACAGUUUAAGCUAGAAACUUUAAAACGCUUAGACAGGCCUGGAAUAGUGUGCUAUUAUACAACUUUUUGAUAACAUUUAUACUUGUUUAAACUAUUAAGCUUUUUGUUUUUCUUAUCCUCCUCCAUCAACUUUCAAGGGAUUUCCUCAACAUUCUAAAUGGGCCCAUUGUAACAUAAUGACACCAGUAGUCUAUAGGUCAUUAUCAAUAAAACGUCACAAUACGGCGCAGAGCAUUCGAUUUGGCUGCUGGGGGCCAGGGAGCCCUCAACUCCGCUAAAACCAUUGACAACUGCGUGUCGUUUUCAAGGGGUAAAUGCUAUAAGUAUUUGGUUUUAAUAUAAUAUCCUCUUGAAGAGCAUAGUCAGAACUACACAUUUCCGAUUAUCCCACGUUAAGCUGUAUCAUCAGAGUUAUAUAGAAAGUAACUGCAUGUUUUUCAUGAUCAGUAAACAUCAAUCGAUCAUGUAUGUUCAGAUACAUGAGGGUAGCCUAUCCAUUUGGCAAGUCGCUAGCUGGCUAGCUAGCUAAGAAAACAACGUGUCAUUUAGCCUUGCUUCAUCAGAAAUUAGGCUUUUGGAACGAGCUUUAGAUCGGUAAAUCCUCGUCGUGGUAAAGUUGUCAGUUGGACUACUGUCAUCACCCCUAUAGAUGGCAAGAAAAUCAAACAAUAUUUGGAUAUAGCCAUCUCGUUUAUCCCCUGAAAGUUAGCUCGUUAACUAGCCAUAUUGACGUGAUGUGUUAUUAGCUAGCUAACCAAUUUGACGUUGUCCACCAGUCAAUGUAGCCUAUCAUGUCUGUCAGCAGCAAUCGUGAUUUAACAUUCUUAAAAACAAUGUUGAAAAGGGAAUAGCGUUAGCUAACUUCGCUAGGUAGGACUAUGUUGGUUGGAGAAAAAAACUUCAUUAGGUCCACUUACACACUAUCUUUAGACAACUGUACAACAUUUAUAUCAGUACGAUAGCUUGCAAAUUAAACAUCAGCUAACACUGAUCAUGAAAAGGAUGCAGUUACUUGCUGUAUAACUCUGAUGAUAGAGAUGUGCGUAAUUGUUUUGCAUGGAAUCAUCGGAAAUGAGUAGUUCUGACUAUGCUCUUCAAGAGGUGAUGACAUUACAGCCAAAUAGUUAACAUUUAUUUAACAAUUCCGGAACCGGGGUCUCCUUGCCCCCCCCAGCAGGAAAAUUGAACGCUCUGCACCUUAUUGUGACGUUUUAUUGAUAUUCGGCGUAAACAAUGUCGCUUUUGACACAAUCAGCUACUCAGGCCACUUUCCCAACACAUUUAAAAAAAAACAUAGCACAUGAAAUAUCUAAGUCUGCUUUUCUGAUAUUCAAAACUGAAAUUAGAACAUAAUUAUAUUCUACCAAUCAAACGUACAUGUGUUUCGGUAACCAAGGUUCCAACAAAUUAGACAAAAACGCAGAGUAUAUGAAAACUUCCUCUAAUUCUCUGUUUUUCAAAUCUGAAAUCAGAAAAGGAAUAGCUUCUACCAAUCAUGAGGUAAAGCUGUUUAAGUAAUUGUAUCAACUGCUUUCAUUAAGGAAAAUUCCACUCAAAAACGACUGUAUAUUUUUGUAUCUGUUUAUUUAGUCCACUGUUGAUACAGUUCCAAAGUGUUUUGCAUAUCAGCAAUCAAGUUUUCAAGAUAUAGAACUUUUAAAAUGCAUAAAGUGUCAUGUGUUUUAUAUCAUACUGUGACACUUUCUGUAUUUUGAAAGUUUUAUAUCUUGAAAACUUGAUUGCUGACAUGCAAAACAAAUUAGACUAUCAACAGUGGACUAAUGAAACAAAUAACAAAAUAUAUUUUUGAGUUGCAUUUUCCUUUCAUCUAACUUCCCACUGUCAUGUAACUUUGUUAUUGAAAGCUCCCUGGUUACCACAGCAACAUAUGAUCUCACUGAGCAUUAAUACCCCUGCUUACUUAGUCUGUUUGAAGUGCCAAAAUUAUACUUUUCUACAGGUAAGAAGUAAUAAACACAUUAAAACCAGUACGCACACACACCUUCCAUUGUCAUAGUUUAAAGGCACUGAACCGAUCAUCGUCUGUGGCAACUUCAACAAGGAUCUGCUAUCCAGGUCAAGCAAGUCCAUCUUGACAUUGUUUCAUGAUAGAGGGUACGCACGGUUGAUACAAGCUGCUACCAGAGAAAAGAAUACCAGGCUGAAUCCAGUGUUAAUUUCUCAUCCACAACAUUGCCUCCAUUCAGGUGUGCUGCAGACGUACUACAGCUAUCACAACCAUGUGUACUGCAUUUUCACUUCAGACAUCUCUCAGGUAUGAAUCUUGACCAAAACAUUGGUAUCACAUUUCACUGCUUUAUUAGUUCUUCCUUCAUGUUGGUGUAAAAAAGCAAAAGUCAAAAUACGUUGUGAAAGCAAAAUACAUUUUUAACUGUCGACAUGCUCAUGGUAAAAAUAAAACUAAACUACAAUUGCAUUUCAAAUAAUGAUUAUCAGAUGUAUGCUAUGCUCAGUUAACUUGUGUCCCCCCAUGGGAGCAGAGGGGCUCUGAAGGAAGGGGUUCCCCCUUUCUGGCCGGUGGGUCCCUCUUCCCAUUUAUCCUCCUCCAGCCCAGAGAGGAUUUAAUGAACAUCCUGCUGUCGUCCAAAUAUGUUGUGAAAAAAAUACAGUUAUGUUUUAUUUAAAACUUCAAGAAUGCCUCAUUAUCUUCUGUAAUCUGUUAUUACAGUUGUCAUAUACUGUGAUAUUCAAGUAGGAGAGUGUAUAAAAGUUUAGUCUGGAUGUAGUUAUUUCUGAUGAAAUGUGUGAUCUAACUGCCCCACAAUCCAAGGUAAUAAGGUUGAUAAAGUAGUAUAUCAAAGUAAGCAGAACAAUUAUUUUACUACAUUUAGCUUUGACUAUAUUUAACUGAUUAGCUUAAUUAAAAUGUUUUAAACUUCUUCCACUACCACAAAAAUACUUUUAAAGAGUUAAAGCAAGUCCCACAAGUUUUCUUCAUGGAUAAUUACCAUCUAGUUCAUCUAUGCAUAUAUCUGGCAUUUCAUCCUUAUAUUAUUAACCUGUUACAUUUAGAUUUUUUAUGUUGCGUUUUCUGGCUGAUACUGUUAUAAUGAGGAUGUGAUAGAAAUCAUUAAAAAAUAUAUAUUACGAUUAA